UUUCGGCACAACACCGGCUCAGUGAUUCGAACAUGCAACCUUUUGGUUACUGGCCAAACUCAGACUGAGUUGAAUAUGUUUAAUGAAUAAAUGCAUUCACAAUUAAUUGCGCUAAGUAGGUUCAAACAAAAACAAAUGGUUACUGUGGGAUCUCGAGGAUCUGCACUGGUCUAGGAGGCGUCAACCCCUCCCUGUUUGACAACUGCCUAGUUUGUGACCCUGGCAACCGCUCCGGAUUCUUUCUCUCUACAGUCCCCGGUAGUCACUACCUCCUUCCGGAGGGAAGCAACAACCGAAGACCCAACGAAACCCCGCGCCUUUAGGACAAACCUGCCCCUUCGGAGGGCAAGCUCUUCGCCUUGAUGCCAAAUAAGCGACCGUGAGCCAGGCUACCGGAGCCAUAGGCACCAUGAACGACAAGUACCACCGGGCGGCCCGGGAUGGCUACCUGGACCUACUCAGAGAGGCCACUCGGAAGGAGCUGAAUGCGCCUGAUGAAGAUGGAAUGACACCGACUUUAUGGGCUGCGUACCACGGCAACCUUGACGCGCUCCGGCUUAUUGUGGGAAGAGGAGGUGACCAGGACAAGUGUGAUAUCUGGGGCAACACUCCGCUCCACCUGGCCGCCGCCAACGGCCACCACAACUGCCUAUCCUUCCUGGUGUCAUUCGGAGCCAACGUGUGGUGCCUGGAUAAUGACUACCACACGCCCCUCGACAUGGCCGCCACCAAGAGCCACAUGGACUGUGUCCGGUACCUGGACUCCAUCGCCGCCAAGCAGUCGGCCCUCAACCCCAAGCUGGUGAGCAAGCUGAAAGACAGAGCAUUCCGCAUGGCGGAGAGGAGGAUAAAGGACUGUGUGAAGAUGCAGCAGAAACACCACCAGCGGAUGGAGAGGAAGUUCCUGAAGGAGAGUGUAGCAUCGGAUAACUCAGAUGCCAUGAGCUUCACUAGUUAUAACAGCAGCAGCACGCUCAACCGCAAACUUCCUCAGUUCAACACUCUCACUUCCAAUAUGCCAUACUCACAGGCCACUCUUCACUCCACAGCCAAGGGUAGGACCAAGAUUCAGAAGAAGCUAGAGAAGAAGAAACAGGUGGACGGCACCUUCAAGAUCUACGAGGAUGGGAGGAAGAGUGUACGCUCGCUGUCUGGCCUUCAGCUUGGCCAGGACGUCAUGUUCCUCAAGCAGGGCACCUAUGCCAACUCCAAGGACCGCUCGCGUCUCAACAUCCGGGACAUGUUCCCUCACCACGGCAACAACCACGAUCACCAUGACGAUUAUGACGACGACUGUGCGGACACCAUCUCCCACAUCUCCCGUGCCAUAAGCGACCCGGGCCUUCACGAGGCAGCCUACUCUGAGAUCAGCGCCGACUCAGGCCGCGACUCUUUGUUCACCCGGCCAGGUCUCGGAACCAUGGUGUUCCGACGGAACUACGUAUCCGGCGGUCUCUUCGGCAUCGGAGCCCGGGACAAGGGUUCUGUGGCUGGCAGUGAACCCAUAGGCCGGGCCCCUAACGUUCAUCUCCGUGGCCACCUCCAACGUCGCCAACCCAGCCUGGACGAUGCAAUAGAGAUGGACAGCAUCGGCAGUGCCCUGAGCCUCCAGGAGAGGCACCUACAGGAGCUGCCCUGGGAGGAGGCUGAUGUGGGCCUGGACGAGGAGCUGGAGCCUGAGAACGGACCACUGGAGACCUUCCUGGCCUCCCAGAGCCUGGGGGAGUUCAUGCCCAUCUUCAGGAAGGAGAAAAUCGACCUGGAGGCCCUACUGCUCUGCUCGGACCAGGACCUGACCUCCAUACACAUCCCCCUUGGACCUAGGAAGAAGCUACUAGAGGCCUGUAAGAGACGGUUGGACACCCUGGAGGAACCAGAGGGCAUCGAGGACACUGAUCUCUGAAGUCACAGAGCAAAGAUCCUUUACUGUCGUUCAAGAUGACACUGGAGGCCUAGACUUGGCAGUGAAUGUGGUCCUGCUCUGUCUGGAUCAGUUCUAGUUAUGAGAUGGUGUUAUGAUCCAUAGAGCCUGGCUCUGAUGCCUCUAUAUCCAGGGACGUUGCUCCCUGCCUGGGGACACAGAGAAAAUUACACUGGGUCUGGUAGAGUCCCCAGUGUCCUGGUGCCGUGCAUGAGAGGACAUCUUUAGUUACACGGCCAUAUGGUCUGGUAGGUCCACGGGUGCCAUGGGACUGUGCCCAAACACAUGCUAACACUGGCACACAACCUUGUAAUUAGGAAUUAUUCUCUCCACUCACCGAUGCACUCACAUGUUGCCCAUAUGUAAUGGUGUAUUCCAUUUGCAAGUGAGCAUUUCAUGUUUUUGUCUGUAUAUUUGUGCAAACGUGUAAUGUUAUUUAUUAUUUAUAGAAAAUGUUUCAUUUAUGGUUUAUUACAGACAUUAUUGUACAGUUUUGUUACUGUACUGUGUAUAAUAAUGGUACUACAGUUAGCUAAGAUGCUAGGCUGUCCAUGUCCAGACUACAAUGUCUUAAAAGGCACCCUAUUCCCAAUACAUUGCACUACUUUUGACCAGAUCCCUAUGGACCCUGGUCAAAAGUAGUGCACUAUGUAGGGAAUAGGGUGCCAUUUGGGACAUAUCCACAUUUCUGUUUUUAAGGAAAGUUUGUGUUUUAAUGAAGAUACUGGAACAUGGCUCCGUGAGGUUAUCCGUCAGUCAGUCAGUCUGUCUGUCUUCAUCCCAAAAGGCACCUUAUCCCUUAUGUAGUGCACUUAUUUUGACCAGUACCCUUAGUGUUCCCUAUGCACUAUAUAGGGAACAGGGUGCCAUUUGGAAUGCAUUCUGUCUGUGCUAAGGUAAAUGUUAUCUGGGGUUUGCUGAGGGCCUCUAGCCCCGGGGUAUAGUGUUUCACAAGAGGUCUGCCUGUGGACUGGUGUGUAUGACUGUGCAUGAAUGUGUUUGUAUGUAACUUCAAUGAUUAUGUAUGAAUACAAACUUUGGGAAACAAAAUAAGUCAUGUUUGGAUGUACUCUCACACAUAACAGUUCUAAUAAAACCUUUAUUACAAUUAAUGAAA